CCUGCUAAUUUUACUUAACAUUAUGUUUUGGGUUUUUUCCACAUCAGUACAAAUUUGGGGUAAAAAAAUAUUUAAUUGCUAUUUAACUUAUUCAUUGAACAAAUAUUUCUUAAACAGCUAUUGUAUGCCGGAUCUUACUUUAGGCAUGGGAUACAGCAGUGACCAGAACAAUGUCCUUACUCUCAUGGAGUUUACAUUCCAGUAGGAUUAGGCUAAUAAACGAGCAAGUGAAUAUAAGCAUCAUCAAAUAAUAAGUGUCAUGAAGAAUAAAGAUAUUCUGUUGUGUCACUCUGUUUUUUAGUAAAGUCUUCCUAAUUUGCCUUCUUUAAAGGAGUGUAUGAGUGUCUAUCAUUUUAUUAUGUCAUCAGUGAAUACGAUCACUUAAAAAAUUAUUUUGGUCAAUAAUGAUCUCUGUAAUUUGCAUGUCUUUAUUCAAGAAGUUGAACAUUUUUAGAUAGCCAUGUGCAUUGCCUCUUCAUUGAGUUUUCUAUACAUGUUUUCUGUUUCUUUUCCCGUUGAGGACCUGGUAUUUUCUUCUAUUUUGAACUCGCCCUUCGUAUUAUUAUUGUGUUUUUGGGACGCUUAUGAUGGAGAGACAAAUGUAUACUCUUAAACAGUGGUACAGUGAGGCUGUAAGGAGUCAGAAAAACCAGAGGAAGCCUGGAAUUCCCAUCCUCUCUUUCUGGCCCAUCCCUCUUCCUUCUAUUACAAUGAGGAAAAAGUGAUCAGAGAGGGAAGAAGUAUAGGUUAGGUGGAAAUACGUGAAGGAAGAAAGAAAGGUGGAUGUGUGGGUGGUUGAGAAGAUGAAGAUGAUGGGAAUAGAAGGGAGAAGAUAAGCUGAGGCCAGAGGAGAAAUGCAAAUCUCUAGAAGAUGACGGUGUUCUUUAAAACGCUUCGAAACCAUUGGAAGAAAACUACAGCUGGGCUCUGCCUGCUGACCUGGGGAGGCCAUUGGCUCUAUGGAAAACACUGUGAUAACCUACUAAGGAGAGCAGCCUGUCAAGAAGCUCAGGUGUUUGGCAAUCAACUCAUUCCUCCCAAUGCACAAGUGAAGAAGGCCACUGUUUUUCUCAAUCCGGCAGCUUGCAAGGGAAAAGCCAGGACUCUAUUUGAAAAAAAUGCUGCCCCAAUUUUACAUUUAUCCGGCAUGGAUGUGACUAUUGUUAAGACAGAUUAUGAAGGACAAGCCAAGAAACUCCUGGAACUGAUGGAAAACACAGAUGUGAUCAUUGUUGCAGGAGGAGAUGGAACACUGCAGGAGGUUGUUACUGGAGUUCUUCGACGAACAGAUGAGGCUACCUUCAGUAAGAUUCCCAUUGGAUUUAUCCCACUGGGAGAGACCAGUAGUUUGAGUCAUACCCUCUUUGCUGAAAGUGGAAACAAAGUCCAGCAUAUUACUGAUGCCACACUUGCCAUUGUGAAAGGAGAGACAGUUCCACUUGAUGUCUUGCAGAUCAAGGGUGAAAAGGAACAGCCUGUGUAUGCAAUGACCGGCCUUCGAUGGGGAUCUUUCAGAGACGCUGGCGUCAAAGUUAGCAAGUACUGGUAUCUUGGGCCUCUAAAAAUCAAAGCAGCCCACUUUUUCAGCACUCUUAAGGAGUGGCCUCAGACUCAUCAAGCCUCUAUCUCAUACACGGGACCUACAGAGAGACCUCCCAGUGAACCAGAGGAGACCCCUGUACAAAGACCUUCUUUGUACAGGAGAAUAUUACGAAGGCUUGCAUCCUACUGGGCACAACCACAGGAUGCCCUUUCCCAAGAGGUGAGCCCAGAGGUCUGGAAAGAUGUGCAGCUGUCCACCAUUGAACUGUCCAUCACAACACAGAACAAUCAGCUUGACCCGACAAGCAAAGAAGAUUUUCUGAAUAUCUGCAUUGAACCUGACACCAUCAGCAAAGGAGACUUUAUAACUAUAGGAAGUCGAAAGGUGAGAAACCCCAAGCUGCACGCCGAGGGCACGGAGUGUCUCCAAGCCAGCCGGUGCACCUUGCUUGUCCCCAAGGUGAAUGGGGAAGGGGGAGCAGGGGGCUCUUUUAGCAUUGACAGUGAGGAGUAUGAAGCGAUGCCUGUGGAGGUGAAACUGCUCCCCAGGAAGCUGCAGUUCUUCUGUGAUCCUAGGAAGAGAGAACAGAUGCUCGCAAGCCCCACCCAGUGAGCAGCAGAAGACAAGCGCUCUGAGACCACACUUUAGGCCACCGGUGGGACCAAAAGAACAGGUGCCUCAACCAUCCCAACAGUGUCGUCAGAGCGUCCCCAGGGCAUUUUCAUGGCAAGUACCCCUCUGCCCCCACUCCAGCAGUGCUUCCCGAAGUGUGCUCUGUCACCUGCUUUGCAAUCAGCUUCCAUGAGUGCAUGUUUUAUUUUGGUGUGAUGGUCGGCGCUCCUAAACACGAACUUUCCUCAGGCUGGUUCAAGAUGGAAAAGGACUUUCUUCUGUUUUCUUCCAAAGUGCAACCACGGUGGAGAGCCCGCAGUGGGCUUAGCCUGCCUGCGCCCUUCCAUUUCUGUUCUUUGACCGUGCUAGGAAUUCCAGGAAAGUGCAUUCCUUCCCUUGCGACCUUUUUCUGUUUCUAGGCUCCUUCACGGGUGCUGCUGUUUUGUGAGCUCCGGCUCCUGUUUAGCUUUUAUUUCAGUUCUAGCCUCAGUCCAGAAAUGUAGGCGAGGUUGUUUCCCUCUCCAGCCAUGGCUACAAUACGGUAAAUUGCUAGUUUUUAUUUUUUUAAGUAGUGCUUCCUAAAUGGUUUGCAUGAGAGCCACCUGGGGUACAUGCUGAAAAUUGAUUUAUUUGGGGUCCACCCCAAACCUAAUAACCCAAUUUGGGGAUGGGGUCCAGGAAUAUGCAUUUUUAAAAAGUCAGCCACCCUUCCCAGGUGAUUCUGUAGGUUGUCCCUCAACUGUACUUGGAGAAAUAGUGUUUUAAAGCAGUAGUCCACAAAGUAUUCUGCUCACGUGCCCCCCAGAAGUAUUUUGAAAAAUCAUGUAUCCCCUCACCCAUCUAAGUUGACAUCUAAAAUUUUUCAUGGGAAGUUCAAUAGUUGACAAAGUAUGUAUUUGCUGGUGUCGUGUAAAUAUUGGUAUUCUAAAAUAAAAACUGUUACAUCACUAUUUUAAACAUAUCCAGUACAAUUUAAAUAUCAUACCAAUUUGACACCCUUCAUUCAUUUAUAAAAAUAAAUGAGCUAGUUCUUUAGUAGUUGAACAUUUCAAAUUGGCUUUUCUCCUUCUGUAUUUCUAUACUACUUUUCAGCCAAGAAUCCUAUCAGAAUGUAAUCUAUUAUGCCUGCCAUCUUUUAAUCAUUCACCCCAUUAUCUUGUCAACAAAACAUAUAAAUGGAAAUAAGUUUUUUU